UGGCAUCGCCCUAGCAACCAUACUAAUUGGCGUCUUGAGCAUGAGAAGUCGUUGUCGGCUUUCAAUCUGCUCACUUAUCCCUCAGCUCAAUCAGGUGAGUUAAGCGGAAGCACUGCAAGCUUGAAUACUGCAAAAAGAAUAGGCCCAUCGCCUGAACUAACCUGCCGUCUAGCCUCGGAUCAUUCAAGCCUCAAUAAGUCAUUACGAAGUACCAUCAUUGCUAGUCACUCCAGCCUUCAAAGGCCCCUUGACAAGAACAUACUUGAGAGACAGUCGGCAACAGACGGGUCCAUUCUUGCAGGAAUUUCUGCUCACAUCGGCACAAAAACGGUGUACAAUCAGUUCAAGUUGAAGCAGACACGACUGCACCAAAGCCGACGCAAAGUACCGAUGUCCAGAUCGUCAGAAGUCGGCUCAGGCGAGCACACGGAGGUCACUCAAACUGUCACCUUCGAUCGAGAUUCCUUGAUGUUUUCGAGCCUAAAAUGCUCGUUCUGA